AUGUCUGAGGCAACGUCCAAAAAAAUAGAUGACUUACUUAGCCGUAUUCAAAACGAGAGGAGCUCACCGAAUUUAUCCAUAAACCGCUCUGGCAAUGGGAGUCUACCCCCUAGUCGUAAAGGUUUAUCCUUGGGCCUUAAUAGUAAUAACGGAAGCCCUGUCUUGGCUAGACCUAAAAACCUGAUCUUCACCACUAGACAAAAUGAUGAUUUAGAAACGGAAAAGAAACUAAAAGAAAUUAUGAAAAUUAGUGGUGAUUUAACAGUGGAUGGUGUUAUGUAUAAAACUGACAUAAAAGAUAUGGAACAUAUUGAAGAACUUGGAAAUGGUACCUGUGGUCAUGUAGUAAAAAUGAGGCACAAACCUAGUGGAAGUAUUAUAGCUGUUAAGCAAAUGAGACGCUCAGGAAAUAGUGAUGAAAACAAAAGAAUAAUUAUGGAUAUAGAAGUAGUACUGAAAUCACACGACUGUAAAUAUAUAGUGCAAUGUUUAGGCUGUUUUAUAACUGAUUCCGAGGUCUGGAUUUGUAUGGAGCUUAUGGAUACUUGUUUUGACAAGCUAUUAAGAAGAUUCAAACAACCAAUUCCAGAAGAAGUUCUAGGAAAAGUGACGGUUGCGACUGUCGCAGCAUUGUCGUAUCUAAAAGAUAAACAUGACGUUAUGCAUAGAGAUGUAAAGCCUUCAAAUAUUCUCUUAGACACAAAAGGUAACGUUAAACUCUGUGAUUUUGGUAUUAGUGGAAGACUAGUAGACUCAAUGGCGAAAACUAGAAGUGCUGGUUGUGCGGCAUAUAUGGCUCCUGAAAGGAUCGAGCCUCCUGACCCUCAGAAUCCUGAUUAUGACAUUCGAGCAGAUGUGUGGUCGCUUGGUAUAACUCUAGUUGAAAUGGCGACGGGAGUGUUUCCUUAUCAAGAUUGUAAGACUGAUUUUGAAGUGCUCACCAAAGUAAUAGGACAAGAUCCACCAACUUUACCAAUGGAUAAGGGAUUCUCAGAAGAAUUUAGGAGUUUUGUAAAGUAUUGUUUAAUAAAAGAUCCCAAGGAUAGACCAAAGUACAACCUUCUGAAAAAUCAUGAAUUCAUAAAGAAAUACGAGAGGGUAAAUAAUGUGAAUGUUGGUGAGUGGUAUGUACAUUUGAUCAAAACUUCAGAAGAAAUGGCAAACCGGGCUGCGUCUAGACAAAAUUCUACUGCAAACUCGAUUAGACAGUUCUUCACCUCACGCCAAUCCGCGCACAACCAACAACCUCCUUCCUCCACGAGUUCACAAAUUCUUACCAACGGCAAGACUUUGUCACCAAAUCCUCUGUCGCCUAAGCCAGAAAAGAAAGUAUCGCAUAUAUCUCGAUUUAGUUGCUUUCAAAGAGACAAUCAAAGUCAAGAAUACCAGGUGCCUAGAAGUUAUUCGCCUUAUCAAGCUCAUCAAAGCCAUGUGGCUUCGUUAAAAGAACAAUUGGAAAACAGAAUCGUACAGAACAGCACCGCAUCAUCUUUUGCCUCACCUGCUGUUAGUAGAAGACCUUUAGAAGUUUCUUCACCAGCACCAAAUAGUCCUUAUGAACACCGAAGAGUUGCUAGCGAGACGAGGUGGAGGUCACCGAGUGCUUCUCCUUUGCCGCUCAGGUCACAGUUUCAAGUAGAAGAACCGCUUUAUCAUAGUGGAAAUACUAGUCCUAUAAUACUACAAAGGUUUUACCACCAACAAAAACAAUUGCAACUGGCAAAGGAGGCUGAAGAAUCAGGGAAGAAGCGUUUUUCCUCCUUUUUAAAAUUGCAAUUGGGUGGAGAUCGAAGCGGUCGAUCAUCAAGGCAUCAAAGUCCCGAACCACCUCCUCGACUCAGUAGACGUCCUAGUGGAGAAAAUCAAAGUCCUUUAGCAUUACGUCGAAAUUUCUUAGAGAACAAUUCUUGUAAUUCUCCCAGCCUUUCACGAAGGUAUGUAUCACCGACACCUCCAUUGCCUCCUCCACGGAGACUCUCAGAGAGCUCGUCGGUACCAGGUUCUCCACAGCACUUGCGAACCCGCUUUCACUAUACGCCUGAACCUCAAAGACGACUUUUCCAAAAAGAUGAAGUGUCAUAA